AUGUUUAUUUUAAUUUAUUUACUAGUCUUAGCAUACUCAAUUCAACUGCCAAUAGAAGAAACUGACAAUAUCGAAGUAUUGUAAAUUGGUUCUAGUAACCAAUUCUAGGAAUAAUAAUUGAAUAAAGUUCAGAACAAUUAAUAAUUGUUUCUAUUAGAAAUAGCAAAUUAUUUAGAAGGAACCACAAUAAAUACAUUAUUAGGUAAAAUAAAUGAAUAACUAUAGGUUUAUAAAGCAAAGAUAAUCAAUCAAAACGUAUUCUAAUAGCAACAUUACUUUCAAUCAUAUUAAUAGUGAUAUGCUGUGUACUUAUUCAAUUAAUAUUGGAUAUGUCUAAAAAAUGUAGAAUUAAGUUGAGUAGAGAAAAUACUACAUUGCCAAUUUAAUGA